AUGGACUAUUUGAGACUCAAAGAGGCCACUACGUUGCCGCCCCCUAAAAUGCAAAACGCUCUACUUCGAGCCUAUCUCGAGUACAUCCAUCCCAUGUUGCCCAUGAUCAACUUAGAAGACUUUUUAGAGUCCAUGAGUACGGUCGACGAUACCACGGGGAGAGUAAGCCUAGCCUUCUUUCAAGCCGUCAUGUUUGCAGGGUCAGCCUUCGUCGACAUGCGUGUUUUAAAGAAGGCUGGGUAUCCUACCAGAGCAGAAGCCCGGAAUUCACUUUAUCGAAAGGUUCAGCUUCUGUAUAACUUCGACUACGAAACAGACAGACUAGUCCUUAUACAAAUCCUGUUGUUGAUGUCACUCUGGCAUGAGACACUGGACCGGACAAGAAACGCAGGCCACUGGAUAGAUAUUGCCGUUUCGCAUGCUUAUGCUAUCGGCCUUCAUACAGAUCCUUGGCGUUCCAAACCUCCCAUGUCCAUUACUGGACAAAGACUACGCCGCCGGACAUGGUGGUGUUGUUUCAUCAGAGACAGAUAUAUAUGUCUGGGCGGGGAGCGAGUGCCUCAAAUCAGAGACAGUGACUUCAACGUGCCGAUACUUGAGAUGGCCGAUUUUCAAUCCGAGCACUUACAAGGGAAAAUACCCUCUGCAUCUUAUGCGAUCUGUCCUUACAUUGCAGAUGCAAACAAGAGAGGAAACCUAGCAAAUUUAUGCAUUGACCAGAUAAAGCUUUGCAAGGGCAGUGUCUUCAUUAACGAGUGCCACUACACUAUUACAUCCAAAGAACCAUUGUUGCAUGAGCAAGCACCGAAAAGGUUUCCAGUCAGCGCAGAGACGUUCGCAGACUCCUACAGAAAACUAUUGGAAUGGUACGAUUCCUCGUCUCAAUGCAACGCAACGCAACCCUAUUCUCUUGACUCGACAACUAUGAACUAUGAUAAACACAUCUUCAUCUACCGUGUGAUGCUGCUCAUGGUAUACCACGGCCAGAUUCUCCAGCUCCACCGCCUUCGAUUGGAAGAUCCUCAAACCUCACCAUUCGAAAAACCCCUGUCGCGGAUGCUGGUAAAUCAUUCGGCCCAGAGAAUAUCGAGGUUGGCAAAAACCACACAAGAUCUUGGAAUCAUUGAGUUUCUUCCAGGGACUACAAUCAGCAUCAUUAAAUUGGCACUUGCUAUGGGGCAUAGCGAGACGAAGGAUGUCCUGCAAGCGGUGGCGUCAGAGGAGAAUGAGUGCCAUCGUCAGUGUGCCCGAACAUUAGAGAUUCUCCAAGAGAUUCAUGUCGCCACAGAUUGUAACAAAAGAUUUACGGAUGAUUUGAUCUUUGACAACACAGACCCAGACUUGUACAGGGAUAUUGAGUUGGAUUUUAAUACGUGUGUCGAUGACGAUGCAGAAAACGAAGACCCUGCACACACAUGUAGCCCCUCGGGAUAA